AUGGCAACCAUUGUUACAACAUUCUAUUCACUCUCCUUCUCUAUAUUUGCAAUCCUAGUGUCCAUCAUCUUUCUAUCUAUGUUUUCCCUCAUUGAAGCUAACAAUUUUGGAUUUAGCGUAGACCUAAUCCAUAGAGAUUCACCAGAUUCCCCCUUUUACAAUUCUUCAUUAACUCAUUUUGAUCGAGUGAUCAACGCUUUACGACGUUCACACAGUUGUGUUAACUAUUUCACCUCAGCUUCCAUGUCACCACAAUCUGCCUCAAGUGAAGUAAUCCCUUCUGAUGGCUCCUAUUUGAUGAAAAUAACAGUUGGCACACCACCCUUCAAUAUCCUAGCAAUUGCUGACACGGGCAGUGACCUUACAUGGACACAAUGCUUGCCUUGUAGGAACUGUCACAAGCAAAAACUCCUCCCUUUAAUCCUAAAAGUUCUUCAACGUACAAAGAGUCAAGGUGUUGUUGCCACUGAUACAAUCACCUUGGGUUCGACUAAUGGCCAACCAACAUCCUUUUCAGGGAUAAUUUUUGGGUGUGGCUUUAGCAAUGCUGGCACAUUCAAUGAUGAGGGCUCAGGGCAUAGUUGGUCUUGGUGGUGGAACAGUUUCUCUUAUUUCGCAAAUUUUCCUAUUGUUUGA